CCAAAUGUCACAAUGAACUAGUCUUAAUCGUUUCGUGGUUGAAAAUGUGGGCAUUCUUGUGUAUUUUAGGUUUAGUGUUUUCGGCAAGUGAUGUGGAUUCAUCGAGAAUACUGGGGAUAUUCCCCAUGGCUUCUGUCAGCCACCAAGUAGUGUUUAGAGCUUUGACUUACGAGCUGGCGAAACGAGGACAUGAAUUGGUAGUGAUCACACCAGACCCUGGAUUGCCAAAGGACCGACCGAAGGACAAUAUUACGGAAAUCGACAUAAGCCAUGGUUAUGAAGGAUUCAAAACUUUGAUGGCUAAAGGAAACCCCAAACGCGGUGUUGUCAUCACACCUCACGACAUGUUAAAACUCAACAAGUUUAAAGUCAUUCUAAACUGUGCCGAAGAAGUGAUGAAGAAUGAAGAGCUAAAUAAAAUCCUGAACGAUGACACUAAAAAGUUUGAUCUGGUCAUUGGCGAAGCGCUGUACAAUUUUCCGAUGAUAUAUGCGAAACGUUUCGACACACCGAUGAUUUGGUUCAGCAGUUUCUUUGGCAUUGGAAGUAACUUCCAAACUCUUGGAGCGGCGAGCGGCCAUCCCUUCCUAUAUCCAGUUUAUUUCAGAGACCGUUACCUGAACUUGACACUGAUAGAGAAGAUUCAGCAACUCUACAUCGAUGUUGUACUACGAUUAGGGGCAGUAGCUAUGAGUUAUUACGAGCAUGGCUUGAUGAAGCAGUACUUUGGUGAUGAAACUCCAAGUCUAGAUGAGCUGAGAGAUCGUAUUGACCUGAUGUUUAUAAAUACUAAUCAGGUGUUUGAGACUGCCCGCCCCGUGCCUCCUAAUGUAAUUUAUUUGGGAGGACUCCAUAUGAAGCCUGUUCAGCCUUUACCUAAGGAUUUGAAACAAUAUUUGGAUAGUUCAGAACGUGGUGUAGUUUACGUGAGUUUGGGCACAAAUGUUCGGAUAGCGGAAAUGGACGCCACACUACUGAAAGAGUUUGUUAAGGCUUUCGAUAAAAUGCCCUAUGAUGUUCUAUGGAAAUACGAUGGCAUUGAACUGCCUUGGCUGCCCAAAAAUAUUAAACACUCAAAAUGGUUCCCCCAGCGUGAUUUGUUGCACCAUCCCAACAUCAAAGCGUUUGUGACUCAAGGAGGCCUCCAAUCCACCGAUGAAGCAAUCGACGCAGGCGUCCCACUAGUAGGACUCCCUGCGUUAGCCGACCAGUGGUACAAUGUAGAACGAUACGUGAAACACGGCAUCGGGAAGCAGCUCGAUCUGGUCACGAUGAGAGCUGAGGAUCUGGUGGCAGCUGUUAUGGAUGUUGUGGAGGAUGAGAGCUAUCGUGAAAACAUUCAGAAACUGAGCAAACUAGUCAAAGACCAGCCCGAAACUCCCUUGGAGCGGGCGGUGUGGUGGACCGAAUAUGUCAUCCGGAACAAAGGGGCAAAGCAUCUCAGAUCACCGUCUUUCAACAUUUCGUGGAGCGAGUUCCUAAUGCUAGAUGUUGUGCUGGCACUUUGUGGAAUUUCCUUGCUAGUUUUUGUAAUUUUUGUAACUAUUGUUCUGUUUCUUGUGCGUAAGUGUAAACUUUGUAAGACUGAUGUUAAGAAAGAUACAAAGAAGGUGAAGAAGAAUUAGAUAGAUAAUUUAUUCGAUUAGUGUAUUUCUAUGUACUUACGUGACAAAAUAAUUUAUUAAAUAAUAAUAAUAAUUUCGUCAAAGAUACAGUAAAUAUUCCGUAUUUCCUGUACUUUUCUCUGACGUCAUAUUGAUCACCUCGAUCGGUAGUGAUUUCAAUGCAAGUAAUUAUUUGUUACUUUGGAUUUACUACUAACAUGAUAAGAUAACCAACAUACUUAUUUUUACAUAUACAGGGUGUU